CGUGAUGCGCUCCCAUUGGCUUUGUCCUGUUGCGUCACGCGGCCAAUGGGGAGCGUCCAUGUUGGUGUGUGUCUGCAGAGGCUGCACGGAGGAGGCGUGUGUGACAUUUCACUGAGGUAGAACUAGUUUAUCUAGACCUAGAUGCAGUACGAAGACUUUAAUUUCUGUUUUGCCCUAACAACAAUGGAGGGGUUUGGAUUUAUAUACUGAAGCUUUCUCAAAGGAAACCUAUUGUUUAAAGAAGAAGCAUUUAUGCAACUAACUUUUCGCGGACACAUUUUAUGCUAAAGCACUUUUCCAAGUUGAAUUUGAUAUACCUCGUAUGGGUUAAACUGUUUUGUUUUUGUUAACCCGAUAACUUACUUCAGGUAGCGUAAGGAAAAUCUUGUGCGACUCCGUGUGUGUAUGUAAGACUUAAGACUCUGUCUAUCUGCAUCUGUUCACAAGGUUAAAAUUAGCAUUAGCCGGUUAGCUCGAUCUGCUACUGCAGCUUUUUUUUUUUACUUAGAUGCUGACUUAUAGGGGUAUUUGUGCUGAAAAUAGGCCAGGUGCGGUGUGGUGCAGAUAGGACUCGCUGUCCAGAAUUGAUUGCAGUGUUGCAAAGUGUAGACUAGCAGAUUAAUCCUGGAUUCUUUAGAUCAGGGCUGCUGUGCUUGGGAACAUGCUGCUCUCUCUGGUCGUGCACACGUACUCUUUGCGGUACUGGUUUCCAGCUACUAUCAUGCUGGGGACAGCUCCAGCCUAUCUGCUAUCAUGGGGUGUCUGGCGCCUUCUCUCCACGGUCCUACCUACCAGAGUCUAUCACACCUUAGAUGACCGCCUAUAUUGUAUUUAUCAGAGUAUGGUCCUGUUCUUCUUUGAAAACUACACAGGAGUAGAGAUAAUUGUGUAUGGAGAUAUACCAAAGAAAAAAGAAAAUGUGAUUUACCUUUCCAACCAUCAAUGUACAGCUGACUGGAUCAUUGCUGACAUGUUGGCAAUCAGGCAGAGUGCGCUUGGUCAUGUUCGGUAUGUUCUCAAAGAUGGACUCAAGUGGCUUCCACUGUACGGCUGGUAUUUCUCUCAGCAUGGGGGAAUCUAUGUCAAACGCAGCUCAAAGUUCAACGAGAAGGCCAUGAAGAAGAAGCUGCAGAGACAAACUGAAGCUGGAGCACCGAUGUACCUUGUCAUCUUCCCAGAAGGAACUCGCUAUAAUCCGGAGCUCAGGAGUGUUAUCGCUGACAGCCAGGCUUUUGCUCAAAAAGAAGGAUUUGCGGUUCUCAAACACACGCUGACCCCGCGCAUGAAGGCAUCGCGUGUGGCUUUAGAGGCAAUGCAGGGCCAUCUGGACGCGGUGUAUGACAUCACUGUGGCCUAUGAGGGCACUCUGAACAGGAACAGCCACAGAAAACCCGCUCCAUCCAUGCCAGAAUUCCUGUGUAAAGAAUGUCCCCGUGUUCACAUUCACUUCGAGCGCGUGGACAUAAAGGAAAUUCCUCCAGAGCCCAUGUUUUUCCGCAGGUGGCUACACCAGCGCUUUGAGCUCAAGGACCGGUUGCUGACUGAUUUCUAUGAAUCGAAGGAUGCAGACAAAAUAUGCAAGUUUCCAGGAGAGGGCAGACUGUCCCCUCUGAGCCUUUCUAAAACAGUCCCAUCAGUGAUGAUUCUGGGAGCACUGACGCUGCCUUUACUGCUGACAGAGGGAGGCAGGAGGGUGUAUGUGAGGACCUGGGUGUACGGGACACUGCUCGGAUGGCUCUGGGUCAAUGUGUUUCCCUAACAAAAGGUUCAGCAGCAGUGGCUCACAUAUUCACGCACAAAAGAGCAGAAGAUGGUGCCAUUUUUCUGUAUCAGAACACAAGGUAUAGUACAGCUGUGGAGUGGCACAGUGAUGAAACACUGUCCCAGCGUUUUUCUACUAACUGUUCUCUGCAACAAUGCAGGUUUAAAGAAACUCUUUUGUGUCCUUAAAGAUGGCCCCUCUAAACUCAGUAUUUAAUGUAUCUACUUAUUAGUGACCCCUUAUCAAUAAUAUAUAUACUGCAUGCCUUCAUUGUCAUUAAUCGUUAAUAAGUGACAAAAAUAUUGAUAGUUAUAAUAGGCCACAUUUAUUAAAGUAAAAGGGUGCCAAGUACUCUCAACAACAGAUGUUCUAAUCCUGGUCAGCGUUUGUCUGACACGUAAAACACACCAGCCUAUUCUUAAUGUAUCACAAAUUAAGUGCACUGACUUAUCGAUAUCAGUUGUCCAUGUUUUGUUCUUGUUUGUCACAAGAAUUAUGCACUUUGCUUUAUUAAAGGUGGAAUGUGUUAGUUUUAUAAGAUAUUUGAUUGAGAGACUUUAAGUCAUAUAUAUUUGACCCAUAGAUAAUCCAGAAGGAUGUCAUUUUGAGAUGUCACUAAAAGCCAAACAUUGCACCUUUUGAUUCUUCCCCAUUUUUAAACUGAAGUGUGACUUGCCCUCCUCUGUAAAAGUUCAUGAAAUGGCACCAGCUGCUAUGUUUACCAAAAAAAUUACUUCCUGUCUAAUGUAAAAAGUAAUUUGCUCAUUUGCUGUGUGUUAUUUAACAGUGUCUGCCACUAGUGGUGAGCUGCCCAGCUGUGUGUUUUUAACCCACUGUGAUUGAACUUUUAUUGAGGAAAGCACGUUAUACAUAAAGAAGCUUUACUUUAAAUCACGAAUCAUUGCCAAAACAUGGGAGUGUAUGCCACAUUAUUUUUACAUGCUUAUAUUGCCAUUUGCAUUAAGUAGUUUUGUUUUUAUGCAUUUUUAUAUGUAUGUGUUGGUACAGAUGGAAACCUGUUGUAUGCAUUCAUUAUUUGUAAUGUCGCUCAUGAAAUAGUAUCUACCUAUCUGACAAAGCCAUGUAAACAGUAUGUCGCAGGUUUCUGUGCACUCAAAGCCAUGUGUAUUUGUCAUUGUAUUGUAUUAUGCACUUGUCCAUUCUUGUUUACUUUUUCCACAAGUCACUUUACAUUGGUCUUGUCCUGUAGAGUUUAGACUUAUUUGUUUUCUUCUUGUAAAAUGGAUGUCAGUUUUUACAUCUCGCUACAAUACCUCACUUUAAAAAUUAUACUUGUGUAAGACAUUUUAUAGGCAUUUUUAACACAAGAUCUGACUGUAACUCAUCAGGACACUGCAGACUGACUGUAUAAUGCCAACUGCUGGAAAUGUGUGCCUUCUCUUUGGAGGAGUCUGUCCUCAGUCUACUCAGAAGACCACAGUCCGCCUGGUGGCUGCAUGUAGACACAGCCCGAGCUGCAGAGCGCUUUAUAGUGGCUUAUUUUGUUCAAAUAAUCCAUUGGCUCUAACUUUCUGGUUCAAUUUGGGACAAGUGGACAUUUGGGUGUCUUAUUAAAAUAAAGUGUUUUUUGGGGG